GGGGGAGACACAGUGAGCGCAGGCAGGGAAGGCGGACAGGCAGUAAAUCAGGGAGACAGCCGAGUGGGGGCGCUGGACUGGGCACGCUACAGCGGGCACUGCCAUUCAUUGCAGCCCAGGCAUAGAGCGAGCUGAGGGGGACCCUGAAGCUUAUCCUGGGCCAAACUGGGGGACUCCAGCAGGGAAGGCUGCAGGGCACUGAGGACAAGGGAGCAGGCGAGGCUACUGGUGCCGCAUGUGUAGGGCAUGCACUGGCACUCCAGCAGAUCUGGGCACAUGAGGAGUUGCUGGCAAUGAGAGAUCGAGGAGGAUCACUGAUCUGUGGGAGGAAUCACUCUAUGUGCAUCCUUUAAUCUGAUACUCACCUGCAGCUGGAAGGAUUUGGCUCUGUGGAGGAGACACGUCCUGGGGACCUUGGGAAUGAGGCUGCUGGAGUGUACUUACCUGGCUCUGCUGCUACUUUGUCUGCCAGGGUUUUCCAGUACUUCAGAGUGUGCGUGUGGAAGAAACCACUUCACGUGUGCAGUGAGUGCAUUUGGAGAAUGCACAUGUAUUCCUGCACAAUGGCAAUGUGAUGGCGACAAUGACUGUGGGGACCAUAGCGAUGAAGAUGGCUGUAUGCUGCCCACCUGCUCUCCUUUGGACUUCCACUGUGAUAAUGGGAAGUGCAUUCGUCGCUCAUGGGUGUGUGAUGGUGACAAUGACUGCGAGGAUGACUCAGAUGAGCAGGACUGCCCUCCCCGCGAAUGUGAGGAGGACGAAUUCUCCUGUCAAAAUGGUUAUUGUAUCCGAAGCUUGUGGCACUGCGAUGGGGACAAUGAUUGUGGAGACAACAGCGAUGAGCAAUGUGAUAUGAGGAAAUGCUCAGAGAAAGAGUUUGGUUGCUCUGAUGGAAGCUGCAUUGCUGAACAUUGGUUUUGUGAUGGAGACACUGACUGCAAGGAUGGAUCCGAUGAGGAGUCUUGUCCAUCUGAUGUUCCAACCCCGAGCUGCAGCUCAGAAGAAUUUCAGUGUGCCUAUGGACGAUGCAUUUUGGACAUUUACCACUGUGAUGGUGAUGACGACUGCGGAGACUGGUCUGAUGAAUCAGAUUGCUCAUCCCAUCAACCAUGCCGCUCUGGGGAAUUUAUGUGCAACAGUGGACUGUGUAUCAACUCGGGCUGGCGCUGUGAUGGGGACGCGGACUGUGAUGAUCAAUCAGAUGAGAGAAACUGCACGACCUCAGUGUGUACAGCUGAUCAGUUUCGGUGUGGCACAGGCCGAUGUGUGCGAUUGUCCUGGAGAUGUGAUGGUGAAGAUGACUGUUCUGAUAAUAGCGAUGAGAUGGAAUGUGAAAAAACUGGAGCCCCACAGUGUGCUCAGGACCAGUUCUUGUGCAGCAAUGGCCGCUGCAUCGGGCAUAGAAAACUGUGCAAUGGAGUCAAUGACUGUGGUGAUGGAAGCGACGAGAGCCCACACCAAAACUGCAGGCCUCGUACCGGAGAUGAGAACUGCAACCACAACAAUGGAGGCUGUGCUCAGAAGUGCCAGACUGUACGGGGGCUUGUACAAUGUACUUGUCAGACUGGAUACAAGCUUAUGGAGGAUGGUCGAUCAUGUCAAGAUGUGAAUGAGUGUGCAGAGGAAGGUUAUUGUAGCCAAGGCUGCAGUAACACAGAAGGUGGCUUCCAGUGCUUUUGUGAGACGGGAUAUCAACUAAGACCAGAUAAACGUAGUUGCAAGGCUUUGGGGCCAGAACCAGUUCUACUCUUUGCCAAUAGGAUCGACAUUCGCCAAGUUUUGCCACAUCGUUCGGAAUAUACUCUUCUUCUUAAUAAUCUUGAAAAUGCUAUUGCCUUGGAUUUCCACCAUCAACAUGAGUUGGUCUUCUGGUCAGAUGUCACACUGGAUCGAAUCAUGAGCGCCAACCUGAAUGGUAGCAAUGUGCAGGAGGUGGUGUCCACUGGUCUUGAGAGUCCAGGGGGCUUGGCCAUUGAUUGGAUCCAUGACAAGCUGUUUUGGACAGACUCUGGAACCUCUCGUAUUGAAGUAUCUAAUCUAGAUGGGACUCAUCGUAGGGUUGUCCUCUGGAACAACCUGGAGAAACCUCGAGCCAUAGCUUUGAACCCAAUGGAUGGUACCAUCUACUGGACAGACUGGGGUAAUACACCACGUAUUGAAUAUUCCAGCAUGGAUGGCUCAAACAGGCGAAUCAUUGCUGAUACUCAUCUCUUCUGGCCAAAUGGACUGACCAUCGAUUAUGCUGGGAGACGAAUGUACUGGGUUGAUGCUAAGCACCAUGUCAUUGAGAGAGCAGAUCUUGAUGGAUCCAACCGGAAAGCCGUGAUAAACCAAGGUCUUCCUCAUCCAUUUGCUAUCACUGUAUUUGAGGACAGUCUUUACUGGACUGACUGGCACACGAAAAGUAUAAACAGUGCCAAUAAGUUCACUGGCAAGAACCAAGAGGUGAUACGAAGCAAGCUGCACUUCCCUAUGGACAUCCAUACCCUGCACCCACAGAGGCAGCCUGCAGGAAAGAACCGCUGUGGAACCAAUAAUGGGGGCUGCUCCCACUUGUGUUUACCCAGUGGAGACUCCUUUACCUGUGCUUGCCCCACUGGUUUCCGAAAGACUGCAUCCAAGACCUGUGCAUUAAGUCUUGACAAGUUCCUGCUUUUUGCCCGAAGGACGGACAUCCGGAGGAUCAGCUUUGACACCAGUGACUUUUCCGAUUUUGUCAUCCCACUGUCCAAUGUACGCAGCGCUGUUGCACUGGACUGGGAUUCUGCAGAUGACUUCAUGUACUGGACAGACACAAAUUCAGAUUCCAUCAACCGUGCAAAGUCUGAUGGCAGCGGUCAGGAGGUCAUAAUAGAGACCAGCUUAGAAAGUCCUGCUGGGUUGGCUAUAGACUGGGUGACACAGAAACUAUAUUGGACGGAUGCAGGGACAGACCGGAUAGAAGUUUCCAACACUGAUGGCUCACUCCGCAGUGUACUUAUCUGGGAGAACCUAGACAGACCAAGGGACAUUGUGGUGGAUCCUAUUGGCGGGUUCAUGUACUGGACAGACUGGGGAGCCAAUCCUAAGAUAGAGCGUGCUGGGAUGGACGCUUCUGGACGUAUGGUCAUAAUCUCCUCCAACCUUACUUGGCCCAAUGGCCUGGCCAUUGAUUACGAGUCCGAGAGGCUUUACUGGGCUGAUGCUGGAAUGAAAACCAUAGAAACAGCCAAACUUGAUGGUGCUGAUCGCACGAUACUCAUUGGUACAGACCUCCCUCAUCCUUUUGGUCUCACCCUGUAUGAAGACCGGAUUUACUGGACAGACUGGCAAACUAAGAGCAUUGAGAGUGCAGAUCGAAAGACUGGCCUUGACAGGAAAACUGUAAGAGAGAACCUGGAGAAUCUUAUGGAUAUUCAUGUGUUCCACCGCCAACGUCCGAAAGUUCACUCAGCUUGCUCCAUAAACAAUGGUGACUGCAGCCAUAUCUGUCUUCUCUCUCCCUACCCAAAAGGCCACAGCUGUGCCUGCCCCACUGGGGUAAACCUUCUAGCAGAUGGCAGAACCUGUUCCUCAGGCAUGGAUCGUUUCCUUAUCUUUGCGAGGAGGACAGACAUCCGCUCUGUAUCUUUGGAUAUCCCAUAUUUUGCUGAUGUUGUGCUUCCUAUCAAUGUGACCAUGAAGAACACAAUUGCUGUUAGUGUGGAUCCUGUUGAGGGCAUGGCGUACUGGACAGACAGCACACUUCGUAAAAUUAGCCGAGCAGCUCUUGAUGGAUCAAAUCCCCAAGAUAUAAUAACCACUGGCUUGGUGACCACAGAUGGUCUGGCGGUGGACCCUAUAGGUCGUAAAAUAUAUUGGACAGACACUGGUACCAACAGAAUUGAAGUGGGAAAUUUGGAUGGUUCCAUGAGAAAGGUGCUUGUUUGGCAAAAUCUGGGAAGCCCCAGAGCCAUUGCCUUGUAUCAUGAAAUGGGAUAUAUGUACUGGUCAGACUGGGGAGAGAAUGCCAAGCUGGAAAGAGCAGGAAUGGAUGGUUCAGACCGGAAGGUGUUGAUCAGUAUGAACUUAGGUUGGCCCAAUGGACUGGCAGUAGAUAAAGCUGGUUCUCAGCUUCUGUGGGCCGAUGCACAUACCGAGAGAAUAGAGGCCUCAGAUUUGAUGGGAAGGAACCGACGAAUCUUGGUAUCUCCUGUCCAGCAUCCAUAUGGCUUAACUCUCCUUGGAGCACAUAUCUAUUGGACAGACUGGCAGACUCGCAAAAUCCAAAGGGCAGAUAAAGACACAGGAGCAAAUGUUAUUGUGGUCAGAGACAAUCUUCCCGGGCUGAUGGAUAUUCAAGCAAUUGACCGGACUCAUGCUCUAGGGUACAACAAGUGUGGGGACAAAAAUGGUGGCUGCUCCCACCUCUGCCUACCGAAUCCUUCCAGCUACUCGUGUGCUUGCCCCACUGGCAUUUUACUGAAGGAUGAUGGCAGAACAUGUGACCCAUCACCUGAUACCUUCCUACUUUUCUCCAGCCGAGAUUCCAUUCGUCGUAUCUCUCUGGACACAGAUGACUACACUGAUGUUUAUGUUCCCAUUAAACAAUUGAACAACGUCAUUUCUCUGGAUUAUGACAGUGUAGAGGGCAAAAUCUACUACACAGAUGUUUUCCUGGAUGUAAUCAGGAGAGUGGAUCUUGAUGGAACAGGUAUGGAGACAGUCAUCGGCGAGGGGCUUAAGACUACAGAUGGUUUGGCUGUCGAUUGGGUAGCAAGAAAUCUAUACUGGACAGACACUGGUGCAAACACCAUUGAGGUGUCACGAGUGGAUGGGAGAUACCGGAAGGUCCUGAUCAACAACAGCCUAGAUGAGCCUCGAGCAAUUGCUGUGUUUCCAAGAAAAGGUUAUUUGUUUUGGUCUGAUUGGGGUCAUGUGGCCAAAAUUGAGAGGUCUCACUUGGAUGGUUCUGACCGCAAGGUCAUCAUUAAUACGGAUCUUGGAUGGCCCAAUGGACUGACCUUGGAUUACGACACCCGUAGAAUUUAUUGGGUGGAUGCUCACUUGGAUCGCAUAGAAAAUGCAGAUUUGAAUGGCAAGACCCGUCAGGUGCUUGUCAGCCAGGUGUCUCACCCAUUUGCACUCACUCAGGAGGGCCGCUGGAUCUACUGGACUGAUUGGCAGACAAAGUCCAUUCAGAGGGUGGACAAAUACUCUGGAAGAAGCCAAGAAACCAUUUUGGGUAACAUGGAAGGACUGAUGGACAUUAUUGUGGUGUCUCCAUUGAGACAAACUGGAAGCAAUCCCUGUGGAGUUAAUAAUGGUGGUUGUUCCCACCUUUGCUUUGCUCGAAGUUAUGACUUUGUAUGUGCUUGUCCAGACAAUUUGGUGAAUGAAGUCUGCUCCACAAUUCCUGGAUUUUUACCAUCCCCUCCUCAUCCAACAAACAAUAGUGAAAAGAUCUCUGGCCCUUCCAGUCCUAACACCCAGGGUGAGCAAGCAGAGAGUACACCAGGGGUGACAGCAGGAAGCUGCUCAGAUGCAGAGGCAUUAAAAGGACUGUGUACCCACAAUGGUGCGAUUCCAGCCAGUGCAGGGGACAAGCUGCGUGUACCUCACAUCAUUGCUGGAUCGCUGUCUCUCUUGUGCCUGCUGCUUUUGAUCUGUGCUCUGCUGAUUUACAGGCAUCGUCGGGCAAAGUUGUCAGACCCAGCACUGGGGACACUGACCUACAGCAAUCCUUCCUACCGCACAUCAACUCAAGAAGUAAAAAUUGAGGCUGUGCACAGGCCAGGAGCUUGUCAUCUACAAAGGCAUCGCAAGGAGGCUGUCUCUGACAAUGGUUUUACCAAGGAGAAAAUCCGAAUUUUGGAGGGCUUUGGUUUACUGUCUGGGGAUGAGAGUGAGUGGGAUGAUCUCAAACAGGUGAAGCCAUCUCGAACAAGCAUCCUUCGGGACCAUGUGUGUAUCAAGACAGACACUGUUUCUUUACAAGCCAGUACAGCCUCUCUGGACCUCACAGAGACACAGCAGCUGCUUCAAGAAGAACAGUCUGAGACAGGCAGUGUCACACUGCCACCAAGUCCUGAACAUAGAGUCUCCUUAUCAGACACUGGCUGGAGAGGAAGACACUUACCCUCCACUGAGAGUGAGGUGUGAGACACCGUAGGACAUGAGAAAUGGGGCUGAGGGAGGAAUAGGUUCUGUUUACCCCUGCCCAGUACUACUCAACUAAUUGGGAGUCUACGUAUCUUCCUUGAGCACUCGACUUUGCUACCUUACACUUGGACAAAACUGGACUCUCCAAAGGUCUGUGACUGAACACCCGUAAAGGGCAAGUCUUGUCGUUAUUUGGUACAUACCCUCCUUCUUGUGUCAGUGUUUGGCUGCUGCAUUCACCAUUUUGGAUGGAAGUAAUCUAAAGCUUUUUGUGAAGAACACACAGAUGAGAUGUUGUCAUGCAUUAGUGGUCACUCAAGGCAAAGUGCUCUGCUUUUGUAUUUGAUUGAUUGUUUAGGUUGUUUUUAAACAAAAAUACAAAAGUGUCAGAAGUCGUCUACAACGCUUAGUUAAUUACUGAUAACCAGCAUUGCCAUUGCAUUCGUGAUUUGGACAAUUCUUCGAUAUUUGCCAAAUACUGUUGACCUCCAACAUCUGUGCCAAGACCACCUGAGAAGACCAUAACUAACUUUUUCUCAUCUUGCAAAUUGACCAGAAUUGAACAGAGAUCUGCGGGCCCUGUCAGCACAGAAAGGGUUAAGCACUGAUCCUCACUGAAUUAUAAAGAUAAAUUCUAAUUUUUAUACUAAGUCGGAGCAAAAAAAACUGUCCGCGAUGAGUUGUUUAUUUUAUAAUGUUUUUAACAAGGAUUUCUGGAUGUUUUUUUUUCUAUUUUAUUUAACCUCUGUAUUUUAGACUUGUUGUGAUAACUUAAUAUAAAGAUAGAUUUUCAUAAGUGGAUGUUAAAGUUAUUUGUCGCAACUUCCUCAAGAUCUAGGACUUUUCAAGUAUACUCGAUAAUCGGAAAUUGAGAAAUGCUAAUACAAUGUGUUUGAAUAUCAUGAUCAAAAUUUAUUUUGGCCAUUAUUAUAACCUCUAAUGGUUUUGUCUGAACUUGCAUAGGGAGGAUCUAUUUUUUUCCCCAAAGACUUGACUAGAUAACAUUUGGGUGUUAUUGGAAAAAUACAGUUUUUAAAAGCUUCAAAAAGCUUUUGACUUGCCAUAGAGGCAUGGCAAAAGUUUAGAUCUGUCAGGGUCUUUGUGUACUGAGCCCCCACUAUUGCUAGAACAAGCAGGGAGAAGUUCUUAGCUAACUGCUUCUUACCUCCUUGCUACAGAGGGGUCUUUAGAAGGCCACCUUCAAUGAUGUCCAUAUAUUCUAUAUGGGGAUAUUGACAUAGGUUGCUUUAGUGGAACAACUACUUUAAAAAGUAGUAAGUGGCUCAUAUGCUUCUAUAUUACUGCACACUACACACAUUUAGCUCUGGAAACAUGUAUUAGGAACUGCUUUUGCGAAUUGCAUUAUCCCCUUUUAUUUAUGACAAGGGAAGAAACAGAAAUGGAUAUAUCUAGGAAAGCGGAACAGAUAUUCUGGAUAAUUUAAUGAUAAAUGAACUCUUUCUUCAGAUUCAGCUGUAUUAUACAAUAUGACUGUUGUAUUUUAGACAAGACUAAAAACCUAAUUUCCCUACUGCAGAAAUAUUAUUACAUGCCAAAUUAAUCCUUUUUUGUUGUUAUGCCUGUCAGAUUUGAUGAAGAUGACUACUGGAUAGACCAGUGUGUACUGAUAUAUAGGCUGUUUUAUUGGAAUUAGUCAGAGAGUUCUUUAAAUGAAGGAAUGGUUACUCCUUCAGAAGAAAAUCUCUACACAUUUAUACACUACCUUCAUCUAAAGAAGUAAUCUGCAACCUGUGGCUCUCGACUGUUGAAAAAUUCCAAUUUCCAACAUGCCUUGACAGCAUUUAGUUGUGAGACCACUCUCACAUGACCGUAGUUCAGUCAGUACUUUGCAUCAGUAUAAGCCAAAUCAAAGAGUGAGUCUAAAACUGGGAAGAGGUGCAAAUCUUUCCUUGAUACCUUUCUCUGUCUUACACUCCUGGUAUUGGCUUACAAAUAUAGAUGUAAAAUACUCACCCAAAUACUGUGGUAGUAAUUAAAGACAUACUUUUUAGUAAAGAAAAUAUUUAGCAUGGACUGUUGAAUGUAACAGGUUGGCAAUGACCUUAACUCCUUAAGCACAGUGGAUGUACAUUUACAUCUAUUGCCCGCCCCCGUUAUGUGAAGCACACUCAGGAGCUGAGCGCACUUCAUACCCGGUGGGUCCCAGUUGCUAACAGCAACCGGGACCCCUGGAUAAUGGCAAACAUUGCUGAUCGGAGAAAACUAAUCCAAGCCAGCUCAGUGGGAUGAGAUUUCCAGAUGAUCUAGUGUCCCGCUGUCCAAUCUUCGCUUCAAUGCUCCAGUCAGCCAGCCAUGGCACGCUCAAGCAAUAGAGCACAGAAAAGACUGAUCAAUGCUAUGCAUUGGCAUAGCAUUGAACAGUGUAUGCAGUCUUAUGAUUGCAUGUAAUAGUCUCCUAUAGGGACUAAAAAUAGUUUAAAAAAAAUUAAAAAAAAUUGAAAACAAGUUAAUUUGGAUCACCCCCCUUCCUUUUUUUUUUUUUU